AUGGAGGUUCCGUGGCUCUUCGUUGUCUGUUGCACUGUGAUCUUAUUAUUAUUUUCAUGGAUCUCCAUUGCAACUGAUACUAUAAGUUUAACGCAAUCCAUCGGUGAUGGCGAGACCUUAGUUUCCUCUGGUCAAAGAUUCGAAUUAGGCUUUUUCAGUCCUGGGAGUUCCAAGAACAGGUACCUGGGCAUUUGGUACAAGAACAUACCGCUUCCGCUUACAGUCGUAUGGGUCGCCAACCGAAACAGCCCAAUUCCCGAUACAUCCGGAGUUUUGAAGAUCGAUGAAAAUGGGAAUCUCGUUCUUGUUAACAAAACAUCAAGCCUCAUCUGGUCUUCAAAUUCGUCAAUAGUAGCAAAGAAGUCAUCAGUUGCGCAGCUUCUAGAUUCUGGAAAUCUUGUUCUAAGAGAGGGUGACUCAGAAAGCUAUAUGUGGCAGAGCUUCGAUUUCCCGUCUGACACGCUGUUACCGGGCAUGAAGGUGGGUUGGACUUUUAAGACCAAUUUGAAUCGUUAUCUGACGUCGUGGAAGAGUACGGAUGAUCCUGCGGUAGGGGACUUCUCUUACAGAAUAAUAGAUAAUAUUGGAUUACCACAAUUAGUUCUUCGGGAGGGAUCAAUCAAGAUGUUCCGAACUGGGACAUGGAAUGGGCUUCGGUUCAGUGGCGUUUUCAGGAACUCGAGUGCAAUCUUCAGACCUAUUUUCGUCUCUAAUGCUGACGAGCUAUAUUACACGUACGAAAGCAACGAUGACUCCAAUUCCAUUAUUACAAGGUUCGUGCUGAACCAAUCAGGGGCUCUACAACGCUAUGUAUGGAAUAGACAGAGGCAAAAAUGGGUUCUGAUGUUUGAUCUUCUGAAGGAUAUGUGCAACGCUUAUAACCAGUGUGGCGCUAAUGGGAUAUGUAGACCUGAUCAUUUUCCCAUCUGCAAGUGUUUGAAUGGAUUUACGCCCAAAUCACCGAAAGACUGGGUCAUGCUGGAUUGGUCCGGUGGAUGUACGCGGCCGAGGCCGUCGGACUGUAAAAACGGAAGGGAUUUUGUGAAGCUCCAAGGGGUGAAACUGCCGGACUUAAUGAAAUUUUGGGUGAACAACAGCAUGAGCCUGGAGGAAUGCAAGCAACAGUGUUUGCACAACUGUUCUUGCGUGGCUUAUGCAAACCCAUUUGUUAAUAGGAGCGGUAGUGGGUGCAUCAUCUGGUUUGGGGAUUUGAUCGACGUCAGAGAGUUCAAGGAUGGCAACGUUGAGCAAGACCUUUACAUAUGGACAGCAAUGGUAUCGCCAGAAAUAGAUCAAACUGGUGCUGCUUCAAAUGAGACAAAUCGACGGGUUUUGGUAAUCGUAGUGAUAUCCAUUACUUCAUCCAUGCUACUACUGGGUUGGAUCAGCUGGUUUAUGAUUCGGAACAAGAGGAGAAAAACAAAAGAUCAACAAAUAAGCAAGAAGGAAGAGCUAGAUUUACCAUUGUUUGAUUGGGUUACUGUAGUAUCAAGUGCCAAUAACUUUUCAUAUGCAAAUAAGAUUGGACAAGGUGGUUUUGGUCCUGUGUAUAAGGGUGUAUUGCCAACCGGACAAGAAGUAGCAAUGAAGAGACUCUCAACGAAUUCUGGGCAAGGCCUUGAGGAGUUCAAAAAUGAGGUUGCUUUGAUUGCCAAACUUCAGCACCGGAAUCUUGUUAAGCUUUUAGGCUGUUGCAUCCAAGGGGACGAAAGGAUAUUACUGUACGAGUAUAUGGCCAACAAAAGUCUGGACUAUUUUAUUUUUGACCAUGAUAGGAGAGCUCCACUGAUGAUUUGGCAAAAGCGCUUCAACAUUAUCAUAGGGAUUGCACGAGGACUUCUUUAUCUUCAUCAAGACUCCAGAUUGAGAAUCAUACAUAGGGACCUCAAAGCAAGCAAUAUUCUGCUAGACAAUGAGAUGAAUGCUAAAAUUUCAGACUUUGGCAUUGCAAGAAUCAUCAAAGGAGAUCAAAUUGAGGCAAAAACAAAGAGAGUGAUUGGAACAUAUGGUUAUAUGUCUCCCGAGUAUGCAAUAGAUGGACAUUUUUCUUUUAAAUCCGAUGUAUUUAGCUUUGGGGUUCUGUUGUUAGAGAUAGUGACCGGAAAGAAGAAUAGAGGGUUUCAUCAUCCCUAUCACCACCAUAACCUUUUAGGACAUGCGUGGAUAGCAUGGAAGGAAGGCAAGGGUUUAGAACUAGUGGAUGCAAAUAUAAUGGAGUCGUGUGUGGUGUCUGAAGUAUCAAGAUGUAUUCAAGUGGGUUUAUUAUGCGUGCAACAAAUUCCAGAAGAUAGACCAGACAUGGCUUCUGUGCUUUUCAUGCUGAUCAAUAAUGGGAGUUCAUGUGCAGCAUUACCCCAACCCAAACAGCCUGGGUUCUUCAUAGAAAGGAGUUCCAUUGGUUGCGGUUUUUUAUUGGUAAACAAGGACUGCCAAACUGAGAAUGUAGCAACUAUUACAUCAUUGGAAGCUAGAUAA